AUGGCGCACAAAUUAUUGGUCAGGAUACUGAAGCAUUGGCAUUUGUUUUGUUGCCAAUCAAAAGAUGGUCAGAAGGACCACAAAAUGGUUGCAGUUAUUGCCAAGUCUUUAACCACAAAACUCAAAGAUUUCAAGACCAAGAAGCAGGACUGGGAAGCUGGAAUUAUAAUUCAUGUUCAUCAUGGUGCAGUUAGGGCAAUGGUUUGUUUCAUGAUGGUUCAGUUCUACAGGGGUCAUGUUCUCCAUUCAAGUCAGUCAUUGAGAAUUCUUUCAAAUUUAGUUGCGGCUGGUGCCCUACAUUCUGGAGGAAUUAUUGACGAAAUAAUGUGUGAACUUCUUAAUUUCACUGUGAUUUUAGUUGGUUUGAAAUCAUCUGGUGUUAAUGAGUUAGUAGCAAAGAGUUUUUCAGUUAUUAAAAUGCUGUUGGCAGAAAAUAAUGGAAGUGGUGUUGCCAAUUCAUAUUUCAAGCACUGGUUUGUCCUGGUUGAAAUUUUCCCACAGGUUGUUGGCCACAUUGAAGAUGCCUCUGGGACAGUUUUCUCGGAGUCUUGUGCGUGCAUCACAACUAUUUUAGCUGGAGUAGCUCAGGGUCUUAGAGCAUAUACUUUGAAUCAGAUUUUGGACCAUACUGUGACGUCCUGUUUGGUGGACCAUUUGUGUUUAUGUUUGGCAACUUCGGGCUCAAAUCUUAGUUCUGGAUCCACAUAUAUGCUGCAUGCUGUUUGUGAAGCAUGUAGGGCUAUCUGGUCAUUGAUGGACGCUCUAGAAAUUCUUUUUGUGAAGGAAAAUCCCAAUUUAGAUCAUGCUCGAUGUUUGCUGGCUGGAGAAUCAGCAAAAGUUCUGGAUGCAGUAACUAUGGCAUUUGUCAGAUCAAAAGCUGUGCAGUUUGCUUUAGUCCAUUGCCUUCAUGAACGUGUAGAGCCAGCACUAUCUGCUGCUAUUCUGGUAUUUCUUCACGUUUCUGAAAAUUCUUCCAUGCUGAGGAAUUUGUCAAGAUGUUGCCUCCACAAUGGAAUUAUCCCGACUGUUCUAUGUGGCCUUCCCAAUUCCCUGCAUGUUACUACUGUUGUUAGUGGUGGAGCGGAUGGAACCAUUGUUUCAGAGAUAUUCUCUAUAUUAUCUUUAUGUUCAUCAUUAAUCAAAGAUGCACAACCUGAGACAUCUAACUUGAAGUGUAAAAAAAGCAAUCCGCCUGUCUUGCCUCAUUCUGCAUCAGCCAUGCUGGCUCUUGCUUCCAUUCUUUCACUUGAAGGUGGACUGUCCGUUGAGUCUUCCAUAUCUGAAAUUUCGAUGCCCUUGAUUCCUCAAACUAGCACACUUUGUGAUCACCUUAAAAUUUCAUCAGACAGUGAAAUUGAAGUUGGCCCUAAGAACCCUAAAGUGGUUCUCUCAUACUGGCAUGGUCUUAGGGAUGAAUGUGUAGGCUUCAACCAUUCAAGCGCUUCAAGUCAAGGAGUUGGUGGCCCAAAUAGUGGAGUUGGCUUAUCCCCUAUAGGGGUUGUAUGGGCAGUUUCAUCAGUAUGUCAGUGCCUUUCAGGUGUAGUUUUAACCUUUCGCCAAACUUUGCUCUGCAGUGAACAUGUGAAACUCAUCUACACUUUGAUAUCUGCUGUUCAUCUCAAGCUUGUGAGGUCCUGGUUUGGGCCUGGUGGAGGGAAGGAUGGAGUCAGAGAUGUAAUAAAUGCAGUAAUUGAUUUCUUAGCGUUUCCUUUGGUUGCUGUACAAAAUGCUACUGGGUUGCCACUUGCUACUACUUUGUAA